GUCACCAUCCAUCCAUCCAUCGACCGAUCACCGGCUGCAGGCUGCAGCAGCAUCAGAUCAAGCGCGACGCGCAACCACUUCUCUUGUCGAUCAAUCGAUCAUGGCCAGCAGCUGCAAGACGCAGCAGCGAGCGGCGAAGGGCGGCGCGGCGGCACCGGCACCGGAUGCCUGCGUCGCCGACAUCGACCCCAAGCUCGAGUGCCUCGACGGCGCCACCACCUACAUCAUCCGCCUCACCCUCCCAGGGUUCAAGAAGGAGGACUUCAAGGUGCAGGUGGACUCCGGCGGCCGGCUGACGGUCCGCGGCGAGCGCCCCGCCGGGUACGUGCGGUUCCACAAGGCGUUCCAGCUGCCGCAGACGGCCUACCCCGACGGGGUGGCCGGCCGCUUCGACGGCACCGUGCUGUCGCUCACCGUGCCCAAGCAGCCGGCCAGCGGCAGGGACAUGGUAGUGGCGAGGCUGGCCGAGGUGAAGGAGUGCGCGGCGGGGGAGGGGACGACGACGUGGGCGGAGGCACUCGGCGGCAAGGGGCAGAUGGUCGCCGCGGCCGUCGCGGGGUUCGCGCUCGGCGCGUUCCUCGCGCACCGGCUCCUGUCGGUCACGAAUACCUAAGACGCGCCACGUAAUAAGCGUGUGUACACAUGUACAGAGAUCUAUGAAAUGGAUUCAUGGAAAACGAAAUUGUGUUAAAUAUCGAUUCCUUGUAAAAAAGAAGUCAUUCGAAAUCCAUUGCCUAAAAAAUAUUGAAAUGACAUUCAUUUCACCAUAUAUUUUGCUCACGCCCCGUCA